AAAGUACACGUGAUAUUUGUGAGGUUAUGGUUUACGUUUGAGGUAGCGCGAAAACGAAAGAUUUCGUGUAUCGUUUCUUAAAGAUUUCGACAUGACAUUAACCGAUUUCCUUGUUGUAUGUCCUCUACACAAGAAGAACCUAUUGUUAUAGAUAUUUCAAGUGACGAAGAACCAUCUGCACCCAAGAGGAUGAAAAUGGCUGAGGUGAUUGAAGGCAAAACGCUGACAAUAUCUGGAGUCAAAGUCCAGUUUCCCUUACCUACACCUUACAAGUGUCAAAUAGCAUUAAUGUCCAGGGUGAUAGAAGGCUGUAAGAAAAGUCAGCAUUGCUUAUUGGAGAGUCCGACAGGCAGUGGCAAGACGUUAGCUCUUCUGUGCAGUUCUCUGGCUUGGCAGGACUGGUACCAUGCCGAGGUAAAGGAGCAAAGUGUAUGUAAUAAUGUCAAUACAGCUACCGGGACAGGCCAAAAGGGUAUUUCACUUUCCGAUUUGCAGAGCGUGUCAUCUGUAGUCGAAAACGGUACAUCUUCAUCGCCCACAUAUUCAUCCUCCUGCCCCCAAAACGAUCACAAAAACGUCGACUUUGAGAAUGACAAAUGUGGCGCCUCUGUAAAAAUAAGAGUACCCAAGAUAUUUUACGGUACGCGAACGCACCGGCAAAUAAGCCAGGUAGUUAAGGAACUUAAAAGGACUGUGUACAAAAAUAAAAAAAUGGUAAUUCUUAGUAGUAGAGAACAGAGCUGCAUCCAAAAGAUCGAACCCGAUGCCUCCGAAAAGAAUAAAACGGAUUUGUGUCGCCGGUUGCUGGACAACGAAGGUUGUAAAUAUUAUACAGAAGAUAAUAAAAGCCAUAUGUCAACGUUCGCAGCUGCUGAGAAAUUAGGGCUACCACGUGUUUGGGAUAUAGAGGACCUAAACAGAGUUGCGAGGUGUUCGGAAUCGUGCGCAUAUUAUGCUGCACGAGAUCUGAUGAACGAAGCAGAGAUCGUAUUUUGCCCUUACAAUUACCUUAUCGAUCCAAAUGUUCGCGAAGCGAUGCAUCUGAGUUUAACGGAUCACGUCAUAAUUUUGGAUGAGGCGCAUAAUAUAGAGGAUACGUGUUCGGAUGCAGGAAGUAUUGUGAUUAUAGAUCACGAGUUAGAGGAUAUUAUACGUGAAUGUAAAAGUCUUAAAAAGCAUUUGGAGAAAUAUACCAUGUAUGGAGUUAUAGAAAAUUUUGUAUCGCGUAUAUUGAAGUGCAUAAGAAGCGUCGAGCUCCUUGAGCGUGAUCGUCUGAAGACGGAGUUUGCUAAGUUCAAUUGUGAACAAUUGGUAAAAUUAUUUAAUAACAAGGAGAUGAAUGAAGAUAAUCGUGAAGAGUUUAAAGAAGAAAUAAAGAAAGCGCUUGCCGACUCAAACAAGAUCAAAGAAGAAAAGCCGAAAGCUGACAAAUCUGCUCAGAGCAAGAUUAUGUCGCUUUUUAUGAAACGACGGUUGGAGAAAUUACUCCAAUUUUUAGAAAUAAUUGUUUCCGUUGAAUGCAUAGACCACUAUAUGGUAUACAUUGCAAACGACAAACAAAGAGAACAAGGUUACAGUAUUGACAGCGAAAAUUAUAUAUCUAUAAAAAGUGAAACAAAAAGUGUGAAAGUAAUGAAGCUUUUAUGUUUAAAUCCGGGGUUGAUAUUCAAGCAAAUCGCGGAACGAGCUCGAUGCAUUAUAUUAACGUCCGGCACGUUAACGCCGACGGACUCGUUCGCGAGCGAGUUAAGAACUAAUUUUAAAUAUACCCGUCCAGGAGAACACGUAAUACCCAGAGAGAAUGUUUACGUGAAUUGUGUGUCCGAAGGUCCUAAAAAUGUCAGACUCAUGGCUAAUUAUAAAAAUGUUAAGACCUGGAGUUUCCAAAAGGCGCUCGGCUGGACAUUACACGAUAUUUGUGUAAUGGUCCCUCAUGGGGUGUUGUGCUUUUUUUCUUCGUACCAUGUAAUGGAACAAAUGGUCAAUAAUUGGAAACACCAGCAGAUAUGGAAGCACAUUAGUAAGGUGAAACGUGUGUUUAUUGAACCCAAAGGACAAAGAGAAUUAGAGCAUCGGAUGCAUGAGUUCCGUACCGAAAUCCGCGCAACUGCAUCUAAGCCCGUCAAUGGGAUAACCGGCUGUUUGUUUUUGGGGGUGAUGAGAGGAAAAUUAGCGGAGGGUGAAGACUUUAAAGAUGAAGAGGCUCGAUGUGUGGUGACGGUUGGGUUACCAUUCAUGGCAAUAAACAUGGAGCUCGAUUUUAAAAUGGCCUAUAAUGAUGCACACAGGUCUGAAGGACUGUUACAGAGUGACGAGUGGUAUAAGACACAAACUUACAGAGCUCUGAACCAAGCUCUAGGACGCUGUAUACGACACAUGAAUGAUUGGGGAGCGAUACUACUUAUUGAUGAAAGAUUCAGUAAACCUGCUAAUCGAAAAAAGCUACCAAAAUGGGUGACUGAUGUGUUUUCAAAAAGUACAAGUCCGAACAGCUGGAGGGCUGAACUCCAAAAGUUCAUAAAAACACAUGAGACAAUAGCUGAUAAUUAAUAGAGGGAGAGAGUAUGUGCCGACUAAUACAGAUUUUAUAGAAGAUGAUGGAGCCAUAUAAAACAGUAAACAGUAAAGAUUACACUUUCACGUGCACGAACGACAAUUGACCGAUUGACUAUCCAGUGGAUCGUAGCCAUUUAACAACGACCAU